AUGAGCGAAUCCGCCCCUCCAAUCCCCAACCCCAACAUCCAGGGCACGAAUUCCUCCGUCGCGGUGACCGGCACAGGUACUGGCUCCAACGCCGCCAGCAGUGCAGAUCAGACCGGGAGUCGCGGACUUCCGUACUACGAGAAAUUGAGGCGCGAGCUACGCGACACGUUACAGAGGAAGCGAUUGAUGGAUAAGGGCAUGGCCCAACUCGAAGACCAAAUCUUCCGCUUCGAACAAUCCUACCUCGAAGAAACCACCGCCGGAAACAUCAUCAAAGGAUUCGACAACUACAUCAAGGGCUCCUCGAACACGGGGGUCAGCGCGACCUCGCUCUCGUUCUCCGGUAGCGUGGGCGGCGGCGGCGGUGGCGGCGGCGGCACAAGACGCAAGGCCCAGGUGACGGACGCGGAUCGUGUGUUUUCGAGAAGCUCGGCGGGGUUUAUGCGUGACUCUACGCCCUCCUCAUCCCAAACGACGCCCUCGCAUGCACCGACGCCAACGUCCACAUAUAACGGAUCCACGGGGAAACCGAACGGCGAGACGGGCUCAGCAUCCGGCAGCGUGAAAGGGGGAUCAUCGUCCAAGAACAAGAAGAAGUCCAGCAAUAACAACAGCGGAAGUAACAAGGAUAGCAAGAAUGACGAGGAUGAGGACGGCGGAGAUAAGCCGCCCACGAAGCGGUUGAAGAUCAGCUAUGGGAGGGAUUGA